AUGGCCUCUAAGGUUCAUCUGCCCCAGUUACAGAUGUCCCAUCCAGAACAUGUUCGACUGAGAGUUGUCGACAAUAAGGACUAUGUAGCUGAUGAAAGUGAAUAUCUCUUAUCUCCAAACGAUUCUGUGAAGAUUCGUCAACCUGUGGAUUGGAAGAAGUACUCUCCUCAACAAGGCUUUGCUUCAAAUCUAUUCUGUGCCAUGUGCAAGUGGAGCUGUUUCCGUUCACGUGAACCAAGAGCCAGAGAUAUCAUCAUAGGAGAACCGGAACAAGGAACAUUCCCUCCCAAUGUCAUAAGAAACCAAAAAUAUGGAAUCUUCACAUUUGUCCCAUGUGUCCUGAUAUUGCAGUUCCAGUUCUUCUUGAACUUCUACUUCCUUGUCAUGGCUCUUUCACAGUUCAUACCCAUAAUCCGAAUUGGGUAUAUUUACACAUACUGGGGUCCUUUGGGCUUUGUCUUAUUCGUCACCCUCUUGCGAGAAGCAGUGGAUGAUUACAGACGUUACAAGAGGGACAAAGAAGUAAAUAAUCAAAAGUAUACAAGACUUAUACUUGGAAGUACUCAAGUUGCUACCAGCUCACAGAUAAAAGUUGGUGACAUCAUUCUCAUUGAAAAG